UUCUAUUCAGACUGUUCUUUGCCACACGAUAAAGGUGUUACAUGCUCUGGCACCCCCUCUCCACAACAAAAUUCAAAACAAUUUUAUUACAAUUCACAGACCGGUUUUUUACCUAUUUUUUAACGUUUAAAAAAGUUUAAAGGACUUUGUCAACCUUUUAUUUACAAUGGAUGUGAAGGAAACGAUAAUCGUUUCGAAUCUGCUAGUGCCUGCAGAAAGGCUUGUAGUAGCAGUGAAAAGAGGGAUCCGUGGGUUUUAGGUAAGUUAAAUUAUUUUGGGGGGAAAAUUAUUGAGAUUAAAAAGUGAGGUAAAGAAAAGGUCAAGGACUGAGUUAAAGAAAGGUGGGAGAAUCUGAAAAAAAAUUUUUGACUUUUAAAAUGACAGAAAAUCUUUAUCAAAGGACAGAAUGCCAAAACCCGGGAUUUUCGGUUUUUAAAAGGGAACCUUAGGCAAGGUUUAAGUUAAACGACAGUUUAUGGAGUUUUUCAGUUUUUUGUAGCUGAUAUCAGACUUGGCCUUAAUUUUAGAAUUUUCCCCCAGACAUCACACUUUUCCCUAACAAAUAAGCACACAAAAUUUCACGCCUUUAGAAUACCUUUAUUUACAAAACAAACAAAUACUAUAUACAUACGACAAUAAUAGUGCGCAAACACAACAUAGGGGCAAUUACAUAGACAUAUUUUACAAUUGUGAACAAAUAUAGGAAAAACUACAAUUGGUGACAAAUACAAGGCAUUAGAGCAUUUUUAUAGUAUCACUUUGAUGACUGCUCUCCGAGUUGGAACCAUCCUUUCCUUUCUUCUUCUCUUCCGUUGCCGCUGCACCAUCACAUCCCGCGGCGUCCCGUCCACUAGUUGCCGCCCUUCUGGCCCAUAGCUUGCUGGAGCUGCUCCACGUAGGGAUCGAGGUAGCCUGAAAAAGGAAUGAAAGGAAGUGGAUUUUGAUAGGGUUAAGGAGGAAAAACAAGAAUUCGUACCGUAUUUGUAGGCAGCAGCAACAGAGCAGACAAUGGCGAGGAGGAAGAUUACGACGGCGGCGCCCAUGUUGAUUUGUAGCUGUUGUUGAGAAGCACGAAGAUGGAGUAGUAGUAGAGUAUGGCAGGUUGUAGAGAGACGGUUCUGGAGGCUUUUAUAGUUUUUCCGGAAGGAUUCCGGAAAGACUUUUCUCCCUCAAGAAUACUAUAAAAGCAACUAGUCUUCAACCCUCCCCAACAACCUUUCCAUACUCAGCGUGCUACAACGACUUCAACAGCCUUCACAACAACAAAUCAACAAUGGGUGCCGUCGUCGUGCUCUUCCUGUUCGCCGUUGUUGGUGCUGUUGCUGGCGCCUACAAAUACGGCUACCUCGAUCCCUACGUGGAGCAGCUUCAGCAAGCUAUGGGCCAGAAAAGCGGCAACUAGUGGACGGGACGCAGCGGGAUGUGAUGGUGCAGCGGCAACGGGAGAGAGGAAUAAAAAAGAAAGGACGGUUUCGAUGCUUCGGAGAGCAGCCAGCCAUCAACAAUCCAAUUAGCACAACUCAUGUAACCAGCAAACAAUGGCUUCUU